AUGUUGAUUGGCUGGUCUCUGAACAUAUUGGAAGAAUUCCCAAUUCCCAAAGAAAAGACAUGUUGCAGGGCUGUUAAGAUGAUCGUAGAUGUGACGGAAGAAAACUUUAAUGAAUACUUGCCAUGCAUUCGAAAGUCCGUAGAGCAAGCAGCAUUUGUUUCAGUGGAUCUCGAGUUCUUGGGAUUACCCUCUCCAAGCGGACAGGAUUCUGUUUCGCUCUUUGAUACACCAUGUGAAAGAUACGAGAAGUUAUCUAAUAUAGUUCGUCGAUAUCCGCCUUGUCAACUUGGUUUGGCCUGCUUCCUCGAAAAUGAGAAGGGAUAUGUGGUAGAUGUUUAUUGUAUCGCCUUAUUCAAACGAGUAUCUGAUAGGGAUUUCUGUGUUUCACCACCUGCUGCGAUGUUUCUUGCAAAGCACAAGUUCGAUUUCAACAAGUUUUUUUCAUAUGGUAUCACUUAUUGUAAUCGAUCUGAACUGUCGAAAAUAAAAAGUGGGAUUGAACGUGGUGAUAUUGAUGUCAACUUGUUCAAAGAUGGGUUCUAUGAUCAAGUACAAGACAUCAAAAUGCGUAUAAUUCGCGAAGUGGAAAAAAGAACUGACAGCACUCCAAGUGGAAGUUUCCUCGACCUAAACGAUAAUAUUCGUCUAAAGGAACCAUUGUUUAUAGACUUGCCUAAAGCCAACUGCCCUUUCGAAAAACCACUAACUCAGCUGGAAGAAGCACUACUAAUUUUUACCCUUCUUGAGGAAUUCCCAAAUUUCGAAAUUAAUCUAAAAGAUGGGAGAACACUGUUUAUUAUUGAUGAUAGUGCUCACAAAGGACUCAACGAACAGAACACUAAGUGGAUAAAAAACUUUAACAAACUACUGACCGAGAUUUGUGGAGUUUCUCAAAUAUUCUAUUAUUUGUCAAAAGUCAAACCGCCUUUGAUUGUCCAUAAUUCCUUGCUGGAUCUCCUUCACAUCUACAAUAGUUUUGAAGACAACUUACCCGAAACCUAUAAUGAAUGGAAGUGCGCCAUACACGCGUUAUUUCCAGUUAUAAUUGAUACCAAGGUUCUCGCUACAACUUUGCGCGAGGAAUUGAUGAGUGGAGGUUGUGCCGAUCUUUCCCUUCAAGCUCUAGGGGCAUUUCUGAACUCAGAUCUGUCUUCGAAAAUCCUACCAGUGCGUACUUCUUUAAAUAUUGGUACUGAGGGAAUGAAGCAAUUUGUUAAAGAUAAUAAGAACUAUCAUAACGCAGCAUUCGACGCCCUCAUGACUGGGGAUGUUUUUGUCAAAUUAACUCACAUGCUCGUUCUAAAGAGGUGCUCGGCAACCUUGGAACAGCAAUGGCCAUUGCGAAAGCUCCUGGUCGCUUGUCGCAAGGAUGUCGUUAAUAAAAUCCCCAUUCCACUAAUUGACGCUGAAUGUUGUAAUCUGGAAGGUGAAGAUGCCCAGGGACAUCGUCCAGAUAUUAUUCGUGUGUUUCGAACUCGUUCUCAGGAGCCAGCUUCCGGUUUGGCUAAGAAGUCACUUUUCUGUAGAGCGUGGAGUUUGUUUGCUGACGUCCAUGAGAUUAGUGAUGAUGAGUUCGAACGUGUUCAAAACGACUUGGUUCAUGUGUUUGGGUCAUUUCGAGUUGACGUCCGCUUGGGACCUCGGAAAAGAAGUCUUGAAAUUGCUACCAACACCGCUUCAACCUAUGCUCGGGUUUGUGCAUUCUUUGCUCCCCAUAAUGACUAUCGUCUUGCUGAUGACGUUAGACGAACGUUUGAGCAAAGACUAUGUACGCCGAGGUUUGAAAAAGAUAGAAAAAAAGAUAUUCAGGCCGGACUGACUAUCGGGUUAAACACAGUUCUGGUGCUGUCAGUCACAACUCUAAUGUGGAUAGGACUACGGCUCACGCGAAACCUUUCAAGCUUAAAGUGA